AUGCCUUUCUGCAAGCGGGCGGUCUUGCCUCGGGAUUUGUGCAAAGUCGGCGUCGGGACGUCGACGGUGUUCUUGGACUUGGCCGACGUGUGCGCCUUCACCCUGGCCUCGAUACUCCGCCAACUCGCGGACCUGUCCCGACACUCUCUGGGCGUCCUGGAGGAACUCGAGGGCGAGUUGGCGUCCGUGUGCCGCAGGUCGGGCGCGCUGGAGGGCAGGCUCGACCGAGUCGUCGAGAUACUCCGCCACACUCCUCACACAGCUACCGUCGGACCGGAGGCGGAGAGCGUCAGCAGGCGCAGCAACGGCGGCGGCAUCGGCGAGCACGGCCGCGGCGAUGGCGCGGCCCACUUCAGGUCUCCAUGGCAACAGAGCGUGAACGUCUUCGGCUCCUGGAGCAGGCCCGAAUGCGUGGAAGAGCUGCACCAGCAGGCGCAGCUUAACCUCCAGAGCCUGCUGCAAGACUUUGAAGAGCGGCUGUGCGACGGCAAGCCCCCAGGUCAGACCUUCCGCCACCCACCCUCGGAGAGCUCAGACGAACAUUCCGCCGGGGACAAGCGGCCCGACUUCAUCUUUCUGCCGGCAUCCAAGCAACUCUACGAGGAUGAGACCGCCUCCUCCGUUUUCGGACUGAGGUCCUUGGCCAGUCCGUCUUCGUCGCUGUCUCCGUCGCCCUGCGAGUCGGAUCGCCCGCCGUCGAGCUGGGGCGCAGGACCGCCCGUCGCCGAGAAACCUCGCUGGCACCUCGGCAGACGCGCGCAGACUCAAAACUCGGCAGGUGAAGGAGGUAAAUUUCAUGGUGUGGACUUCCUGCAACACUCGGCAUCCCCUUCUCCGGUGGAGGACUUCCAUCAACCCCGCUCCCUGGAACCUGUCACUGAAACUCCUCGCCAAAACCUCGCCCUGAGGAAGAUUCAGUCGAACCUUGACUCCACUUCACCUUCAGAUAUCAACCUGGACCGACCAGGAACCAUGGAUCACUCUGGCCUGAUUUGCUCCAACACUCCUUCCAGCACCUGGAACGGGCCGAAAGGCUCCACCUUCUCUCCUGGAGCUUGGAACGAGCCUUACAACUACGUUGCCAAAAAAGGCCCGGCGGUCCCGCCCAAACAGCACAGUGUCAUCGGUCACACAGGAGAAGGGGGUCAAGAAGGCCUGAUGUUGGUGAGCAACUCGCAGUCGCUUUCCUUCUCAACUGUGUCCGACACUUCUGGGAGGCAGAGGAACAACGUGACGGGAAGGAGGAGUGAGACUGAGGGGGCCGCGGCAGAUGGAAGGAGAGUCGAUGCGGGUAGGGGAAGGGGAAUGUCGGCACGCUCCGUAGCCGCGGCGAACGCGUUCAAGUUCCGGGAACGUUCCCUCUCCACGCCUACGGACUCUGCUUCCUUUGGCUUUACGGAGAUAGGCACGGAGCAACCGGAUGGGACUUGCCUGUCCGCGGGCAACGGGAACAUGACGUCCGGAGAGCAGCAUUGGCAGCAUCAUAACUUUUUGGGUCUCGGCGAGAAUUACGCUCUCCUCUAUCCCAGAGGGAGCUCCGAAGACAGCGCUAGUACCGCUGACACCAUCUCCGUUUCUGCUUCGGACUACGGUGCCGAUGGACGCCUGUGCCUGCGCUCGCGGUCCAUCUCGCUCAAGAAGUCCAAGCGCAAACCGCCGCCUCCGGUCAGGAGUGUGUCUCUUAUGAAGAACCUCGGCCAGGCGCAAGGAAGGAUCCACCACGAGGGCGGUCUACAUCGGGACGGACGACCAAAGAGCCUGCACAUCCCGAGAGACCAUUACCCCGACUUCCAGCCAGACUUCCUUUUGCCCACCUCCAGAUCUGGCGAGCUCGGCCCGGGAAGCUGCGACGGACCUCCCAAUUUGGAGGUUCACUCGCCAGAGAGGGAGGCAGAACCGACUUUCUCUGCUCACUGGCAGCUGGGAGACUGGAAGAGCAAUGACCCCUACAGGUCUUUAUCGGGCUCCAGUACUGCAACGGGCACGACUGUGAUUGAAUGUAUGAAAGCCAGAGGCAGCUCAGAGUCAUUGCUCAACUCUCCCGCCACCUCCAGAGCCACAUCACCGUCGCACAUCCUCGCAGAAACUGACGUCAAACCCGCUUCGCCCUUCAAACCACCUGGACUCUUGUCCCCGUCGAGCGGCUAUUCCAGUCAGUCAGAAACUCCCACGCCUACCGUGCCGCUCAGUCACUCGGCAGGCGCAGGGACUUUAGGGUGUAAAAUGCGGCCAAAGAUUCCUGAAAGAAAAUCUUCGCUCCCCUCACCAAAGGAUCCUGCCGCCAGGUCCAGAUUGUCCUUUGAGAUGCCGGGAAACGCCCAUCCGGAGCUGUCGUCACUCAAGCCGAAGCAGAAGGCCAGCAGGCGGCAUUCAGACACAUCCGCGGCGGCAAAGCCUGGGAAAAUUAGCCCCAACUCUUCGCAGGUUCCCCCCGUGGUCACCCAGAAUGAGCUGAAAACAAUUCGGCUCCGUUCGGUCUCGCGAGGCGAUCUGGAAGACUGCCCGGACGGUGCCUCAGAUACCAUCGAGGAGGAACAGCAGUGCAGAGACUUUGAAGAUGACGUCAGCCCGCCUCCCACCCUACCCAAACCCAAGCCACCGGUAGCCAUCAAACCCCCUCUCCCAAAACGGCCCCUUAACCUACUUCUGAAGUCUCAGCCCUCCACGCCCCCGCUCCCCCUGGACUCGCCCCCUGCGUCGCCCGUAGCUCGCCCUGUGCCACUGGGCAAUAUUUACAAAGUGAUGAAGAAACCUAAACCUAAAAAGUCACAAAGUCAUUCGAACCCAUCUGCCAUUGCAGAUUAUAACUCUACGUCCACCCAUCCCACCACCUCUGACCAGUGCCUCUUUGACCUCCCUCCCCUUCCGGACCCUCAGCCUCUCCUGGAAGAUGCCUUGUUGGAUCCAGAGUUGGACGCCAGCCUUCAACUCAGGCCAGAGGACGGAGGCUCUCUUCCUUUUCCCUGUACCAACCAAGAGGUUCUUGAACUCCAGGACAAGAGCAAGACGCUCCCUUCGAGAAUGACAAUCUCCUGUCUUGCGGAGCUCUCUGACAAAAAGAAACCCAAGGUUCCUCCCCCAGUCCCCAAGAAGCCCAAUGUCUUACUACUACCUUCAUCAGCCCACCUUUCAACCACAGAUAGCCAGACAACACCGACCGACAACCCGGCGGGCCUUCCGUCUCCCGGAGAUGCUUCCCCCACAGAAAAUAUUCCCGUCGAUCCUGAGAAUCACUUGGGAGCCGACAUUUUGAUGGCGUCGUCGUUGGACUCUUCCCAGAUAGAAUCCUCCCUUGCGGAGCUGGAAGGGAAAACUCCACCGACGAGGAAUGAAACGGACGACGGCGUGGCCUGUGAUAAAACGGUACUUCACAUCGUGGAGGAAUCGGACGAGGACUUCCUAGCUAGCGCACCUGCGACGCACACGACAGAAGACCUGUUCACUAUAAUACACAGGUCCAAGCGAAAGGUCCUGGGUCGCAAGGAGCCUUCCGACUCCUUCGGAAGCCGCCAGAGUCUGACAUCCCCGGUCAAGCAGAUGAACCUGACCAUGGGAGGCAGUCAGAGGUCCAGCUCCCGCAAUGAGAACUUCAUGGCCCUGCUCCAGAAAAAAGGUAGCAAGUCUUCCAGCGCGGGGACCAGAGUGUCCGCCGCCGAACUUCUUAAAAGCACAAACCCUCUGGCGCGACGGGCGACUGAACACUCCGGCGAUGGCGGAGAGGUCCAGUCCGGACAGAGCAAAGGCAACGAUCAGUGA